AUGACGAAGACCGUGGAGCAAUCAAACGACGGCAAAUGGAGUAGAUGUGGCCCUGAAGUGAUCAUGGUCGAGCGCGAAUCGGCAAUCAUGUCAUGCUCCCGGGACGUGCAUCCUAUCAACAAAGACCACUCGGCGAUGGUAAAGUUCGAACCAAAGGACGACGACUAUACGAUCGUACGAGGUCAUCUUUAUGAGAUCUUGAUGGAACUUGUUGAACAUGAAGCUCACAAGACUGUUCCAGUCGCUAAAGCGCUCUCGCAACCUCUUGCCUAUUCACUAUGCAAGAAAACCAAUGCCAUCACCUUUCUGGGUUACCAAAAGAACACGUUCGAUUGGGACAAGUUUCGCUCAAUUGACAAUUUGCAAAUCAGCUUCCGGAGAACUGUAAGAGUUCACGAAAACGGCACGAUCACGGACCAACCUCCUGACCUGGGUGCAUUUCCGAUUCAUGACACGAAAAAGUACCCAGAACAUUUCAGAUCUCACAACGGGUACUUCAUACCAAUGUACCAGAGGGAAGCCUUCUGGAUACAAUUUUCGUCUGACUCGCCCUAUGCCAUCAAAAUCUAUUUGGGAGGGGUCAAUGCGAUUUCAGGGGAGCCAAGAGAAGAGACAGAGGUCACUCAUAUUCGCCGUCUGAUAUUAGGAGCUCGAAAGAUACCACUCCAGGACUAUGUUGUCACACCAGAGCAAGAGGCUGUCUACGGGAUCGCACAUCAAGAUGGCAGCGUUCGACAAUUCGUCGCCAUGCCCAUGGGCUCUGGCUAUUCCGUCGAAAUUCAAGUGACCAAAGAGGAGAUAUUUGGGGGACUGCAGAUCGAAGUCACACCUACUUAUCCGCCGGUCGAUGCAUUGCCCGGCCCUUGGCCCAUUGUUGUCAGGACCUAUACGAAUUCUUAUAUCGUCCAGGUUCGACCAACCAGCACUAUCGACGAAGUAAAAUACCUCUUGCAUGAUAUGACAGAGAUCCCCGUUGACCAACAGCGGUUGAUAUUCUCCGGCAAACAGCUUGAAAACGGGAGGACCCUGUCCGACUAUAACAUACAAAUCAACUCCUGCAUCCAUCUUGUUCUGAGGCUCCGAGGUGGGGGCCCGGUGGAAUAUGAUGAAUUCAUGAGUGUUGCUGUGAGCGGGUGCAUCGGACAAGUCAUUCAUCUCGAUAAUUCCGGCCCUCAAACAUGGGACAGCUCCAGAACUACAUGUGUAGAUGUUCAACUCCUCGACUGUGAGGUGUUCAAGAGGGUUACAGGCCUCGAUCCUCCGGAACCACCCAUUAGCGCCAUGGAGUACCGAGAACGCGGGUAUCUAUACCAUGAGCGUUCUAACAAUGAAACUAGUGAGCUCAACACAAUGUUUUCUGAUGUCAGGCCUGUCAACCAGAUCGACAAGGAACGGUUGCGGACGCGGAUUUCCGAAGAUGCGAUCAAGCAACUGGAGAUGGUGGUGGGUAUUUCAAAGAUCGAGGGCAACAGCCAAGAAACGAGAGGAUUCCGACAUCGAAGGACAUUAGAGGGAGAGGUUGGAAGAGCUCUGCAAAAUCCGAACUUGAAGAAGGAACUACGGGAUAUGGAAGGGCCAAGGAUCGAGAGAUUUCCUCUGACGGUCCCGGAGAGGAGAAGAACAUGGGGCCCAGAAGAUGAAAGCUCGGAAGAUGAAAGUUCGGAAGAUGGAAGGAUGGAAGAUGGAAUGGCAGAAGAUGGAAGGGUGGAAAAACGGAAUACUGGGGACAAAGAUGAAGGGCGGGAAAGUACCCUGUAUCGUUGGGUACGGAAAGUCUUCGGUAGAAUACCACGGGUUGUUGUUGUGAGGAGGAGCGGAAAGGUCAAGAGGGCGAACUAG